CUUCACUGCUGCAGAGAUGCAUGGCAACGACCUCAAACUGACCGAGUGUGAAGUCUAUGAAGUGGAGGCAAUCCCAGAAUUUGAGAAGCCAUGGAGGCCGAUGGUCUGGGAAAACGAGACGAGGACAGAGAUGAUGGAGAGUAUAAAGAUCUACUGCCCCGUAUCCGGCUCUGUGUCCCAGGUUCGGGUCCUGCUUAUUGGACUCGUUGGAGCUGGAAAGUCCAGCUUCUUCAAUUCCAUCAACUCUGUAUUCAGAGGCCACGUCAGCAACCAGGCCAUCGCCGGCUGCUCUACCAACAGCGUCACCACACAGUUUCGCAUCUACCCAGUGAGAGCUGGACGAGGAGGAAAACCACUGCCAAUCAUCUUGUGUGAUACCAUGGGAUUGGAGGAAAGCACGGGGAUGGGCCUUGAUGGCGAUGACAUCAUCAGCAUCCUCAAAGGUCAUCUGCCAGACACCUAUCAGUUCAACCCGUCAGCUCCUCUGCAUUCGGAGGCCAGCGGCUAUCGCAAGUCUCCAGGCCUGGAGGAUCAAAUCCACUGUGUGGCCUACGUCAUUGAUGCCUGCAAGGUCUCCAUCAUGCCUGAAAAGCUGGAGCAGAAGCUGGAAGCUAUUCGCAAAAAAGUCAAUUUGAUGGGUAUUCCUCAGCUGGUCCUGCUGACUAAAGUGGAUGAAGCCUGCCCUUUGGUUUCACAGGACAUCAGGAACAUUUAUAGGAGCGGCUACAUUGAGCAAAUGAUGCAGGUCGUCAGCACUCGGCUCGGCGUGCCGGUCUCUUGUGUUGUUCCGGUGAAGAACUACAGCAAAGAGUUUGAGUUGGACCAGAACUGUGACAUCCUACUUCUCACCGCUGUCAUCCAGAUGCUUCGCUCCGCUGAUGGUUACUUUGAUGACCUCAGUGACCGACUCGGCAGCAUUGAAACCAAAGAAGUAAAACUGUAGUAAAUGAGUUCCUCAAAAUGACCCAUCGUCCAGCAGGCCAAGAUGGCUACUCCCAUUCAUAGCUUUAUCGUUGCACUGGAUAAAUGGAUAAAUGGCUGAUAACAACGAGCUAUUGUUAAUAUGAAGAAAAACAUCAAUAUAACAGGUGAUUCCAAACGUGUGCAUUGUGUGCAUUGCCCAGAUUUAGCUUUAGCUGCUUUACAUUAUGCAUCCUGGUUCAAAGUCUUGCAGUUUAUUAUUUUUUCUCAUCAAGCUUUGUAGUGAACAUUCUUUUUCUUAAGAGCAUUUGAUGCCAUAGAAACAACUUCCCAGUGUUAGCAGAUCAAAUCAUGCAUAUUAGUUUGUGCUUCUAGUUUUGUCAGUGAUAAAAUGUCAUGUAGAGUUUGGACACUUCCUUAUUUAGAUCCUUUAUUGUCAGUAUUUUGUUGAUCAAUAAAAGCUCAAAGUGCAUGAAUGAACAGAAAAA